GCAGGUGGAGGGAGGUCAUCCUGCCCCUCUGCUCUGCCCUGGGGAGGCCCCAUCUGGAGCACUGGGACCAGUUCUGGGCUCCCCAGUUCAAGAUGAACAGGGAACUCCUGGAGAGAGUACAGCAGAGGACCGCAAAGAUGAUGAGGGACCUGGAGCAUCUCUCUGAUGAGGAGAGGCUGAGGGACUGGAGAAGGGGAGACCUGAUCAACACCUAUAAAUACUUAAAAGCCUUGGGCUCUGUCCCUCUCCUCUCUCUGGAGGCUUACGAGGAUGGAGGCAUCCGGGUGGUGUGUCGAUCGGCCGGCUGGUACCCGUUGCCGCACGUGCUGUGGAAGGAUGUCAGCGGGCAGCAUCCCCCCUCUGUCUCCCUGAGACGUUCCCGCGAUGAGAGGGGCCUCUUUGAGAUCCAAGAUGUCAUCGUUGUGAGCGGGAAGGGAGAGGGGAACGUGUCGUGCGUGGUGAGGAACAGCCGCCUGGAGCAGGAGCAGGCGUCGUCCCUGCACAUCUCAGCUCCCUUUUUCCACAAUGCUCGUCCCUGGAUGGCAGCUCUGGGUGUCUUCCUCCUGCUUUCCGUGGUGUCAGCUGUCCUCAGUGCUUACUUCUUCCGAAGGAAAGUGGUGCAGUCCAGAGCACUGGCAAAACGAGAUGCAGAACUGGAGGAACAAGCUGCACUGUUGGGGAAACAAGAUGGAGAACUGAAGCAACGAAAUGCAGAACUGGAGAAACAAGCUGCACUGCUGACUUGGAGAAAGUUUCUGCUUCCUGAGAAUCCAGAUAUGGUGACCCUGGAUCCAAACACGGCUCAUCCAGAGCUUGUCCUGUCGAAGGAUUUGAGAAGUGUGAAGCAUGGACCCGCACGCGAGAACCUGCCCGACACCCCCGAGAGAUUUAGUUCUUGGCGCUGUGUGCUGGGCCAGGAGAGGUUCCUGGAGGGGAGGCACUGCUGGGAGGUGGAGGUGAAGGAGGAAGUGGGAGGUGAUUCAUGGUGGGGUGUUGGGGUGGCCAGUGAGUCUGUGCAGAGGAAGAGGGGAUUGGAUCUGAGGCCUAAAGAAGGGAUCUGGGCAGUUGACAGGUAUGCAGGGCAGUUCAGGGCUCUCACCUCUCCUCGCACCAUCCUGUCCCUGUCCCCAGUCCCCAGGAGGAUCUGUGUCUGUCUGGACUGCACACAGGGGCUGGUGACUUUCCUCAACGCUGACACUGCGGGCGAGAUCUUCACUUUCACAUCAGCCAUGUUUAAUGGGAAGGCCCUGUGCCCCUGGUUUUUGCUGGAGACAGAGGAAACCCAGCUGUGCCUUGGGGGCUAA